AGUGAUAGUAGACAGUGUUUCUUAUAACUUUGAAACAAUCAGAUUUUUAUAACAGUGCUUAUUAUAAAGAUAAAGACAAUACAAAAGAGAACAAUGAGAGAAAUUGUACACAUUCAAGCUGGCCAAUGUGGUAAUCAGGUUGGUACCAAGUUUUGGGAAGUCAUUUCCGGAGAACACGGUAUUGGACCCGAUGGAAGAUUUGAUGCAGAAUCCGAUGCGGCGCAAUCUUUUAAUAAAGAAUUACUAUUGGAAAGAAGUUCGGUUUAUUUUAACGAGGCAGAAGACGGAAAUUUCGUACCCAGAUCAAUUUGUGUUGAUUUAGAACCGGGAACGAUCGACGUAUUGAAGGGAAGUUUAAUGGGCAGAAUGUAUAGGCCUGACAACAUGGUUUGCGCCCAAAGUGGUGCCGGAAAUAAUUGGGCUAAAGGCCACUAUACCGAGGGAGCGGAAUUAGUUGAUACAGUUCUCGAAGUUGUUAGGAAAGAGACCGAAGCCUGCGAUUGUCUUCAAGGCUUCCAACUAUGUCAUUCAUUAGGAGGAGGAACUGGAUCUGGUAUGGGAACUUUACUCAUUUCAAAGAUUAGGGAAGAGUUCCCAGAUAGAAUUAUGAAUACUUAUUCUGUUGCACCAUCUCCCAAGGUUUCCGAUACCGUUGUAGAGCCGUAUAACGCCACAUUAUCCAUUCAUCAGCUCAUUGAAAACACGGAUGAAACCUAUUGCAUAGACAACGAAGCUCUUUACGAUAUUUGUCAUAGAACAUUAAAAUUGUCCCAACCGAAUUAUGGAGACUUAAAUCGAUUGGUUUCUUCUACAAUGUCAGGAGUGACAACCUGCUUAAGGUUUCCCGGCCAACUAAACGCCGACCUUCGAAAAUUAGCUGUUAACAUGGUUCCUUUCCCUCGGCUCCACUUUUUUAUAACUGGUUUUGCUCCUCUAACUGCUGCACAAAGCCAGGCCUAUAGAUCCCUAACUGUAGCUGAUUUGACCCAGCAGUUGUUCGAUUCCAAGAAUAUGAUGGCUGCUUGUGAUCCUCGUCACGGCAAAUAUCUGACUGUUGCUGCCAUGUUUCGGGGUAAAAUGUCAAUGAAAGAGGUUGAAGAUCAGAUGCUUAGCGUACAAAAUAAGAAUAACAGCUAUUUUGUCGAAUGGAUUCCGAAUAAUGUGAAAACGGCAGUUUGCGAUGUUCCUCCGAAAGGCCUAAAAUUAUCCGCAACGUUCGUUGGUAAUAGCACAUCGAUUCAGGAAAUGUUUAAGAGAAUUCAUGAGCAAUUUACUGCAAUGUUUAAAAGAAAGGCUUUUCUACAUUGGUACACUGGAGAAGGAAUGGACGAGAUGGAAUUUAAUGAAGCAGCCUCUAAUCUAGUUGAUUUGGUUUCAGAGUAUGAGCAGUAUCAAUCGGCAGAAGUCGAAGAUGACAUGCAAGAAAUCGGUGAUGAAGAGUACCUCGAUUAAUGUUCCCCCAUUGGUUAAUGGUUUUUUUCGUUCUACAUCUAGUGUCUUUUUUUUUUAAUGUUUUUUAUUAAUCAGUUAAUUAAUUAAUGAUUAUUAGAUUCUUUGAAUAUUAUAAUAUUAGUAGUCAGAAUUAAUUUUUAAUAAAAUUAAAAGAGUAUAUUAGUUAAUGAAAAA